CUGCAGAGGUGAUUGCUUUAUCACCAAAAACCCUAAUGGCAACAAACCGAUUUAUUUGUGAAAUUUGCCACAAGGGCUUCCAAAGGGACCAAAACCUCCAAUUGCACCGCCGAUGCCACAACCUUCCAUGGAAGCUAAGGCCAAGAACCAGCACCGAGAGUCGAAAGCGAGUGUAUAUAUGCCCUGAACCCACAUGUGUGCAUCACAACCCGAGUCGUGCCCUCGGUGAUCUCACUGGGAUCAAGAAGCAUUACUGCCGAAAGCAUGGGGAGAAGAAAUGGAAUUGUGACAAAUGCUCGAAGAAGUAUGCAGUGCAGUCAGAUUGGAAGGCUCACUCCAAGAUCUGUGGAACUCGGGAGUACAAGUGCGACUGUGGCACCAUCUUCUCCAGGAGAGAGAGCUUCAUCACCCAUAGAGUCUUCUGCAAUGCUUUGGUCCAAGAAAACAAGCUAAACCAACCACUCAUGGCCACCAUGGCCUCCAAUCUCAUGAUGCCCAUCAACACCAAUGCCAUCCCCAUCGAACUCUCCAACCUCAACCAUGAUGACAUGAAGAGUCCACUGCUUAGGACCCACUCUGACAACCUUUCGCCGGAGUCGUUGCGACGUCUCGGCGUGGUCAGAACCCUCUAUAGCCCAAGGACCAUUCCCUCCUCAAGCCUUCAGCUUAGUGGGGAUGGCCCAAUAGGCUUCGAUGAGAUUGGCGAUGUUAACCUUAGUCGCUCGAUGGCUGGCUCGAUCCACAUGUCUGCGACUGCUCUAUUACAGAAGGCAGCCCAGAUUGGUGCAACCGCUGGUAAGAGCAGCAUCAGCUCCACCAUGAUGCCGGGGGACUUUGCCUCUGUAAUGGCUGGGCCUGACGGGGCCUUUGGCUCAAGGUCUUAUAGCCUGAUGAAGGCCCAUGGGAUGUUUGAUCUCAUGCGAUCGCAAGGCGAGCAGUCUCAGCUGGCUGGGAUCAAUGGAGGGAUUGCUAAUCGAUUUUAUGAUCCUGCGGUGAAUCAUAUCAGUUUGUUUACGACUUCUGGGACGUCGAUGAGUGGUGGUGAUCGGUUCCUAAGGAAUAUGGAGUAUGGUGGUGAUGGUGGGCCAAGUGGGGGGGAUGUGACGACCGUGGACUUCUUGGGUGUUGGAGAAGAGAGGAGUUUACGUUGGCAGAAGCAACAAGAAGCAAUGGAAUAUGGAGGAAUUGGUCAUCAGCCAAGUUUGGAGGUUUUCCAUCUAUUUCACAAUUAGAUGGUCCAUGGGCCUACAAUCGAGGAGCCCACGUGGUAUUUUUAAUCUACUUGAUUAGAAUUGAGGAUCUCUCUUUAUCUCUAUCUAUAUUUGUGUGCGUUGUUUCAUAUAUGGAUAGUUUUAGUGAGCUGCAACAUUAGACCUUGAGAGACGAAGUCUUUCUUAGGUGCAAGAGUAUGAAGCACGGUUGUAGGUAGUUUGGAAAAUAAUUGUACUGCUUCUUGAGUUAUUGCUGCAAAUUAUCUUAGUCGAUGGUGAAGGAUCAAGUGUCACAAAGAUCCAAGUCAUAUGGGAUCAGUAUGUUUCGAAGUUAACCUAUA